GAUUAAUCAGUGGUUAAUAUUCAAUAUCUAAAUGUGUCAUUACUUUUAAUGACUAGUUGUAUAAAUAUUGCAUACAGUGUGGAUACAUAACACAUUAGAUAGGGGCUUAAGAACAAGAGUCAUGAGGAAGUGAAGUAUAUUUCUUCUCAGCAGGGUUACAUACUAGGACUCAGAAUGAUCUGUCUCUGGGAACUCAUACCUAUUAAUAUUAGAAUAGCUUGGUGGGGGAUGGCAGCUAGGUGGCACAGUGGAUAGAGCACCUGCCCUGGAUUCAAGAGGACCUGAGUUCAAACUUGGCCAGAGACAUUUAACACUUACUGGCUAUGUGACCCUGGGCAAGUCACUUAACCCCAAUUCCCUCACCAAAAAAAAAAAAAAAAGAAUAGCUUGGUGGGUCAAGCCAAAUCUUGUAAGAAGUGUUGGGUUUUUUACGCAUUUUUUACAUUUAUUACAAACUUGAUAUAUAUCUGAUAAAUUUCUAAACACAAGGAAUGCAAACAAGAGUAUAAAGAAAGAUAGUCCCUGAACAUAAUGAGUUCACAGUCCACUGCAGGAAGAUAAUACAUAAAGGGAAGCUGAAGGCUUGUGGUAUAUGAUAAAGGUACCCAGCCAGUGGGCAAAGUAGAAGAAGUUCAGAGUACAAUUGAGAGAGAAAUGAAGACAUGACAGGACUGGUAACUCUCCUUGAAUGAAGAUUUGAGAAGGAUUCAUCCAAUCAGAGGGGUGCUCAAGGGCAGAAGCUACUUCUUAUUUGUGAAUCCCAGGAUUAUAAUGAGUUCUUAAGAAAAAGAAGUAUCUGAGGCAUGCUAGAGAAAAGUCCAGAGUGCAUCCAGAAGAUUGAGUGCCAUGUACUAUCACAAGGCAACAGCUAGAAGAGAAAAAGCUAGUUCUGUCCAAUGGCCAAAGUCAAGGAGUCAUAAUCCUACAUAAUCAAAGCCUGGAAUUUUCUUGUGCUGAUGGAUACACCCUUACAAAGCCAAGUGUGAGGACAUGUGUGGAUGGGCACAUGAAUUUCCCAACCUGUAUCUUAGUAGGACCUUGUGAUUUUCCAGAAGUUGAAAAUGGAGAACUUUAUACACCCAGUUACUAUAGUGAGGAAUAUUAUCGAAGUUUGUUUCCAGCAUCCAUUGGAAAACUAAUGCACUACAGCUGUAAUAAAAAUUAUGUAUCUCCUUAUGGAUCUGCUUCAUCCUAUUGGACAACCUUUAUAUGUACUGUAGAAGGAUGGUCUCCAGUACCAAAAUGUCUUAGAAAGUGCUCUCUUUAUUCAAUACAGAAUGGUCGUUUUUGGCCAACUAAAGGUCAUUAUAAGGAAGGUGAAGAAAUAACAGUUCAAUGUAGUAAAGGCUUCAGUCUUCCAAAUAAUGAAGACAAAAUUACCUGUACCAAAGAUGGCUGGUCUACUGAUACAAAUUGUAAAAGGAUCAUGAGACCUUGUGAUUUUCCAGAAAUUGAAAAUGGAACACUUUAUAUAAAUCGCUAUAGUGAGGAAUACCAGCGAAGUUUGUUCCCAGCACCCAUUGGAAAAGAAAUGCACUACCACUGUAAUGAAAAUUAUGUAUCUGCUUAUGGAUCUGCCUCAUCCUAUUGGACAAAAUUUAUAUGUACUGCAGGAGGAUGGUCUCCAGUUCCAAAAUGUCUUAAAACAUGCACACGCAAAAAUUAUUUUGAGAAUGGAUUUUUUUCUGAAUCAAAAAUAUAUUACCCUGUCAAUACACUAGCAAAAUAUCAAUGUAAAGAAGGAUAUGCAACAACAGAUGGAAAAAAAGAAGGUUUUGUCACAUGUGGACAACAAGGAUGGUUGAAUCAACCAAAGUGUAUCAAAAUCUGUGAUAUUCCACAUUUUGAAAAUGCCAGAUACAAAGGAAAUAAGACAUUUCUGAAGCCUAUGGAAAGAUUAGAAUAUGAAUGCAUGGAUGGAUAUGAAAUGACAAAUGGGCAAACUAGAGGUUUCAAAACAUGUGAUAAUGAUGAGUGGCCUACAGUUCUUGAAUGCUAUGAAAAAGUAUGUCAUCUCCCUAUUCUACAUGGAAAUUUACAUCCUGAUCCCAGGCAAGACAAAUAUAAAGUUGGAGAUGUGCUGACAUUUCGAUGUACCAAUGGAUUCAAACUAGUUGGACCACUUUCAGUGCAGUGUUACCACUUUGGAUGGUCCCCCAGUAUUCCUACAUGUAAACAGAAAGUAAAAUGUUGUGAUCAGCCACCUGAAAUUCUGAAUGGGACACCUAAGGAUUCAAACAAGAAGGAAUAUUGUCAUAAUGAUGUUGUCGAGUAUAACUGUGAUCUCGGAUUUGUAAGUAGAGGACCCAAGAAAAUACAGUGCAAUGAUGGAGAAUGGACAACCUUACCCACUUGCAUUGAGUAUAAAAGAAGAUGUGCAGAAGUACCUGAACUUGUCCACGGUUAUGUUCAGACAACUAGCCGGUCCUAUUCCCAUGGGGCUUCAGUGGAAUGUGGCUGUGAGGAGGACUAUACAAUGAUUGGAAGCAAGACAGUUACAUGUAGUCAUGGAAAUUGGACACCAGUCCCUACAUGCAUUGAAACAUAUCAACUUGGAAGAUGUCCAUCAAAAUUUUUUGAAGAUUUGCAAGUCAAUCUAUACCAAAAUGGAUUUGGUGAUAUUUUUGUUAAUUAUACAUGUAACUCAAAUUCAGAAUUCAAAAGAACACAAUGUUUAAAUGGAAAAUGGCUUCCUGAACCAAAAUGUCCAAAAAGGAAAUCAUGUGCACCUCCACCUCAAAUACCUAAUGCUCAGAAUAUGACUACAACUAUGAACUACCAGGAUGGUGAAAAAAUAGGUGUUUUUUGUAAAGAAAAUUAUCUUCUUCAAGGACAAGAAGAGAUCAUAUGUGAAAAUGGACAGUGGAAUUCAUUACCACGUUGUAUUGAAAAACAGCCAUGUUCCAAACCACCUGCUAUUCAAUAUGGAGGCAUUAAGCCAGUGAGACAUUCAGAAGCAUAUGAUGACAAUUUGGAAUCCAGUACCUAUGCGCAUAAUAGUGUGGUAAACUACACAUGUCAAGAAGGUUUCACAAUGAAAGGAAAAGAGGAGAUAACAUGCAGUAUGGGAAAAUGGAGCUCACCUCCUCAGUGUGUUGGAAUUUCAUGUGGAAAACCACCAAAAAUACAAAAUGGCAUUAUUCCUGAUAUGUUAAACUCUUAUGAAUUUGAUGAAGAAGUGACAUAUAAAUGUCUUGAAGGUUAUAAUAUUGAUGGGCCAGCAACUAUAAAAUGUAUUGGAGGAACUUGGUCUAGUCCUCCACAAUGUAAAGAUGUGAAAUGUGCAAUUCCACCCCAGUUUAAUAAUGCUCAUAGGAUCGGUAUUGCAAAACACAACUAUUUGCCAGGAGAGAAAGUGGCUUAUCAGUGUCUACCAAAUUUCCACUCCGAAGGCUCAACUGAAGUAACUUGUAUAGGAGGAUCUUGGAAAGGGGAUCCACAAUGCAAAGAUAACUCUUGUGGACCUGCACCUCAAAUUGAAAAUGCUGAAAUUAUAAGUGAUAUAAAGGCAAAAUAUCAGCCUGGUGACAUCGUGAGCUACAACUGUGUUCGAUCUCUUAAAAUGUAUGGAAAGUCAUAUAUAAGGUGUGUAAAUAAGAGCUGGACAGAACUUCCUCAAUGCAAAGAGGAAGUGGGAAAAUGUGGACCACCUCCACCUAUUAAUAAUGGAGACACCAUCAACUUCCUGUCACCUGAAUAUGCUCCAGGAUCAACAGUGGAGUACAGAUGUCAACAGUUUUAUGUGCUACAGGGUUCCCCAAUUGUGACAUGCAGAAAUGGAUUAUGGACAAGGGAACCAACAUGCUUAGAGUCAUGUACAGCAUCAAAAGAAAUGAUGACAAAAAAUAAUAUAGAACUUAGAUGGAGAAAUGAUGACAAACUUUAUUCAAGAACAGGACAAGAGAUGGAAUUUACUUGUCGUUGGGGAUAUCGUUUAGCUCCAAGAUCACCUCCAUUAAGAGCAACUUGUGUAGAAGGGAAAAUCAAUUAUCCCAAAUGCAUAUACUAGAACUUUUUCACUAUGGUAUUCAGCUACAGAGAUUAUGAAGGAUGAUACUGUCAGCCAUGUCUUACCUCCAUUUGGAAAUGAUAACUAUGACAAAGGCCCAGCUUCAAUCUGUACUAUUUGGCCACUUUCUCUUUUGUGAUAAAUGCUUUGAUUUAGUUGUAUUCACACAGUUAGUCCAUGAUUCAUUCAAUUUACUUUCGACUUAAAAAUGUUCACUUUUUAAACUGCAAAAACUACACAAGGAAACAGUUAAGAGAAAGUCAAUAUGUAUCAAUAAAAAACUACACCAUAAGAAAA